UCCUUACCAUACCACGGCAGGCUCGGUCAGUAGCCAUCGCCAUCACAUCAUCGUGUUACAGAAAAUAAAUAAAAGAAAAAAAAAGAAAAUUGUGCAAAAAUAAAUUCCAGACGCAAAUUACUUAUUUAAAAUGAUGUCUACUGAUCAGAGCUCCACGAUACACAAUCCCCACAAAGCAAUUGCUAAGGAAUUAAAGUUUAAAGCUAAUGAAUUUCUCAAUUCUCGACGAAAUGCGAACAAUUUAUUAGAUAUCAUUGGCCACCUCGAGCAAUGUUUAUCGCAGAAGCAACCAGUCAAUUCGUGCAUUCUUACACUGGAAGUUAUAUUCACAGAACUUCUAAAGCGACGAGAAAUGUGCAUUGCUAUAACACCACUUAAACCAAAAGAUCAAAGUCCAGAAACAAAAUACAAAGAAUGGCUUCAGGAGCGUUUCGAAGAGACUCUUAAACUUAUUCUCGCCUGCAUCAACAUAGAAAAACCAAACGAAAGCUUACAAGCUUUGGUUACCAGUAUGAAACUAAUGUCUUGGGAAGGCAAAUAUCCUCUUGAACAAACAGACUCCUACUGCUUUCCCAAAUUUCGAUUGCGAUACAUUUUAUUAGCUAUGCUGUCAACUGAGAGAUCUAAUAGACAAUUGAUCAAUCGAUUCAAAGAGUAUGCCGAUUACGUUGACAUUGUUUAUUAUUCUUGGAAAAUGAUACCAACAUUGGCGACAAAAGCUGCUGUCGAAAACGAAAUGUUCGCAAACAAUUACCUUGAUUUAAUCGAUGCUCUUGCGGUGAAAAAAGAAAUGCCUGAUGAUGCAAAAUUAUUGUGCUCGUUGGAAUCACCGCGACCGGAAAACUAUGAAUAUCACUCAAUGAGAAGAGCUAUCAAUAAAGUUUGGAAUUGCAUAAUGCAGUGGGACAUGAAAGAAACCAUACACAAGCAGGUUCUAAUUGUUUUGCUGGAGAGAAUUUUGCCGCAUUUAGAAAAACCUAUACUUCUUACGGAUUUUCUUAUGGAUUCGUUAGAUUUUGGUGGUCCAAUUGGUUUGUUGGCAUUGCAAGGAAUUUUCACACUCAUUCAAAAACACAAUAUAACCUAUCCGAACAUCUACGAAAAGCUGUAUUCAAUGUUUGAACCUGAAAUCUUUCACACUAAGUUCAAAGCACGACUUUUUUACUUGGCUGAUAUAUUCCUGAGUUCAUCACAUCUACCAGAGAGCUUAGUAGCUGCAUUUGUAAAGCGACUAGCCCGGCUUUGUCUUAUUGCACCACCCCAAGACGCCAUAAUUAUCUUAUAUUUUAUUGGAAAUCUAAUUUUAAGGCAUCCAGGUCUAAAGCGAUUGAUUUGCUCACAAAUGUCUGUUGAAGUGUCUCGAGAUCCCUUUAUUAUGGAUGAAAGGGAACCCACAAAAUCAAAUGCUCUUGAAAGUUCUCUUUGGGAGAUAGUAACCAUGCAAAAGCAUGCCUUACCAUCCGUUGCCACGGCAGCUAAGUUCAUAUCACAGCCAUUACCAACUACAGAAUGGGAUCUAUCAUCUGUGCUAGAAGUUAAAGAAGACGACAUCUUUGAUCAGGAAAUCGCUAAAAAAACAAAACAUUACGCUCUUGCGUUUGAGAGGCCAAAUUCAAUGUUUCUUACAAAAAACGACAAAGUGAAACAAUAUUGGAAACUUUUUUAGGAACUUCCUUUGAAGUGGGAGAUAAAUACAUGUCCCAGCUCAGCCCAUAGCUUAUUAAGAGUAUAAGAGAAAUAUAUAUUUUUAUUUCAAUUGAUUCAAAACACAAAGACAGACAUAAGAAACGGGGAAGAACUAUAAGAUAAACGUUAUCCAAUAAAACCUAUGUACGUAUUUGUAUUUCGUGUAGACAGAGUAAGAAUCUUUAAAGUUAGAUUAUAGUUAUUAAUUAUAUGAGAAUUUGCCUAAAAGUUGGCCGUGAUUAUAAUUUCAAUUUAUUAUUGUUUUGUUAUCGUUAAAUUUAAAUAAAAAAGCACGUGGAUAUAUUGCCACAAAAAAUAAAAUAAUAUGUAGAAGACAGAAACAAUGUAAAAUAAAAACAUGACUAACUUCAUUACGCUUUGAUACAAAAAAAAAAAACAA